ACGCACCAAUCUUUUUACGAUGGUUUGACCUUCAAGUGCUUGUAACCUUUAAAAUGGACAGUACCACUGCGUCGUUGUCGUAGUUUUGCAUCGCUCAUCAUUGAGAGGAGAUAUACCCGACGUUCGAUACAAACCUAACAAAGGCUAAACGUUACGUUCCCGAAUGGUUUAUGAUGAAUAUACUCUUUACAUAACGCCAGAUCACUACUUCAUAAAUGCAUUAGGGUCGAAAGCCUUCAUUGUAAUUGACAGAGUGUCACAAGAACUUAAAGUUGAAUUUGAAGAACCGGCCAUUCCAAGCGUAGCUAGAAAGCAAACAAUCUAUGGAAUAUGGGGGGUUAUUCGUCUAGUUUCGGGGUUUUAUUUGAUAGUAAUUAAAGAACGUGAGCGAGUCGGUGAGAUAUUCGGGAACACUAUUCUAAAAAUAACAAAGAGCAUCAUACUACCAUUUGCAAGGUCUUUACUUCAUUUGACAGAUAUUCAGAAUCAAGAUGAAUCUGUAUAUUGCCAAAUGCUUAGUAGUAUUCUAUCGUCAGAAGGCUUUUACUAUUCGAGUACCUAUGACCUGAGUCACACAUUGCAACGUUUAUCGGAUACGGACCCGAAAUUCAAGGCAUCCAGUAUUUACGAGCGUGCAGAUACACGGUUUAUGUGGAAUAAAUCUCUGUUGAAUGAAUGGGAAUCUAUGCUUAAUUCUACAUCGUCCUUCAAGCAUAAACAAACAACCGGUUGGAAUCGCUUCGAUUACUGUGUGCCUAUCAUUCAAGGAUAUGUUGGAAUAAUUUCAUAUCCAGAAACUUUGGCUGACACUCUUAAGGGAACCCUCGUGUAUUCCCUCAUAUCUCGUCGUAGUAUACAUCGAACUGGAACAAGAUUCAACGCACGUGGUGUUGACGGGGAAGGCAACUGUGCGAAUACUGUGGAAACAGAACAAUUGGUCGAUAUUUUAGGGCAUAGAUUUUCUUUUGUUCAGCUUCGUGGUUCUGUGCCAAUAUAUUGGAGUCAACGACCGAACUUAAGAUAUAAACCAGCUGUUUUACUAGGCGGUAGUCAACUAUCUUCCAGUAUAACACAUUCGGCUAACCUGACCGCUAAUGAGAUUGAGAAGAAUUUGGAGGCAAUUCAAGCUAAUAUUGCACGCCAACAUUUUCAUAGUUUAAUAUACGAUUAUGGUUACGGACGACAAACAAUAAUAAAUUUAUUAAAUCAAAAGGGGAUGGAACGUAAUUUAGGACAUGCUUAUGCUAUGGCCGUCUUACCUUUAGAUGAAAAAGAAGUCAAAUAUGAAAGUUUUGAUUUUCAUCAUGAAUGUGGUUCAACUCGUUGGGAUCGACUGGGUAUCUUGUUAGAACACCUUAUACCAGAAUUAUUGAAAUCAAAACAACUACAUAUAGAUAUGAAUAACUCUGCAACAAUUAUUACGCGUCAAACUGGAACAUUUCGUUCAAACUGUAUUGAUUGUUUGGACAGAACAAAUGUGAUCCAAUCUAUGCUUAGUUGGUGUGCAUUAGAACAAGCAAUGAUUGAGAUUGGUAUAUUGCAAGGUACAGUUUCUCGAACAGCUGAUGCUAGUACUACAUCACCUCUAUCUCAUUUGUGGCCAGGUUUUGGAUUUCGUUUUAAAUCGAUUUGGGCUAACAAUGCAGAUUACUGCUCUCUUCAAUAUGCAGGUACACCAGCCUUGAAAACAGAUUUCACAAGAACAGGUAAAUUUUGUUUUAGAGCAAAUAAGACUUACAAGGUUUGAAUUCAUAUUGACUUUGAAGUAAGUGUUCAUCCAAGUAAUAUAUGGGUAAUUUAAAAGUGUUUUUUAUUGUUAACUGGUGUGUUGAAGAACAAUUAGUAAUUAUAGUUUACGAAACAGUUAUUUUUAGUGCUACUAUAUACCCAGUGGUUUCUCAGUAGAAGCGGUUGUCUAGUGGUUAAAGCACACUUUCCACUAAUUAAAAAUAGAGUGAGAUGUUGAACAUCGUCAUCUCAAUGAAGCUGAUUUUCACAGCCGCGCCAUAGUACUUUAUGUAAACUCACCUAACAUUUGUACCAAGUAUAACCCGAAUACGAAUAGAUUGCUCUGACUUUAGGUAAGGAGUACAUUUCUUAGAGAUCUCUUUUUAAAACAUCUUCGAUGGCAAAUAUAGAGGGGAAUGGCGACACUAAGCAACGUUAUUUAACAAUUACUAGUUUGAAACAAAGGUUAUAAGUGGUUCUGUGUCCUUAGACGUUUCAUGUUCUCCUUCCAAGAUGCUAGUAAGCUUCUGGGAAUAUUUCCUCUUAUACAAAAUUGCAGAGCACACUCCUAUCCAAUAAAUCGAAUACAGCCCUAAUGUUAAAGACUAUUAUCACUGUUGGUCGGUGUUCAGGCAGCUGGCGCAAUGUAAGGAUGCUACUAGGACAUCUACAACCUAUGCACUAACCUAUCUGGUGCUUACGAGUCGGUUCCAUGCAAGAAUUGCCUCAUCACAGAUUGAUGAAACCUGAAAUUUUUCAUUGUUUUUAAACAACGUACUAUAAUGUAAUCCUCAUCCUUAAAAUCGUGAGUUUGAGUCUACUUAACUGAACGUUUUGUAACUAUGGUAAAUAAAAUUCCUUUCGUGUUUCUGCUUCUUUAAUUAUAUCAUAUUCAGCAUUCAUAUAGUCGCUAAACAAAUGAUGUAACAACAGAAUAAAUGGCGAUUGAACUUCACAUCAAUUAGUCAGUGUGUAGUCAUUGAUUUCAUGGCUAGUCUAUAGUUCUGGUCGAAUUCUCCUAGUCAAGUUCGGAUGAGGCGAUCAUCUGAAUAGUUCAGUAAUAAGGUUUUCGACUGUGAUAUCGAACGACAUGAUUCCAACCCUAUAAAGGAUUAUCAGUUCUCUCAAUAUUUUGUAGCUAAGUUCUACUCCGCACAAAAAUUAGGUCAAUGACUAGCUACUAUUUGUCUCCAGUCGUAUAAUAUCAAUAUCCAUAAAAUUUAUUCGCUAUUUAAGAUUUUUUCUUUAUUAAAAAAUAGGUAAAAGAACAUUCUAUGGUAUGCUGAUGGAUGGUUAUUAUUCAAUAAUUCGUUAUUAUUUAAAUAAUUUCAACGACGGCUUCCGUCAAGAUUCAAUGCAUUUACUUCUUGGCCAAUAUAAAGUGAUGGAUGUUAAUGGGAAUCUUAAGCCACUACAUGGACCAGGUGGACCUCCUAGACGUCGCCUAAAAAAUUCUGAUUCUGAGUGGUUUACACAGUUUCUACCACUAGUAUUUAGUUUUACCUUGGCUAUGUCUGUAUUAUGUUGUAUCUUUCCUACAGCUCAUUGGACAGAGAAAGCAACUUACGUACUAUUCUGGGGUGGAGCUUCAGUUCUUUCUGCUUUAGCAAUAUUUGCCUAUGGUGAUGAUUUUGUUGAUCAUCCUCGAUUUUGUCCAGACUAAAGAGGAUUUUCCAAAUCAAUUCUUACGAUAAAACCCAUGGAACCGGAAUAAUGUUUUAAUUGAAGAAUGUAAUACUUACUCCAUAAAAGUACAUAUUGACAAACAUCUUUGUAUUUUAAUAGGAAUAUAUGUUCGUUUGGUCAACUAACAAGGACAUAUCUUUUCUCUCUUCUUUCUUGUGCUCAAAAGGAAUCUUUUUAUAACUGUGACUACUUUGCUCAUUAUAUUAUUAGUGAUUACAAUGUGUUUCUUCUGGG